AUGGUUCUUGCACCCAGGAUUCCAAAGGUGUUGGAUGGUGAGGUUUAUUUUCAGUUUACCAAAGAAGAAAUAGCAAGAUCAGCGGAACCUUUCCGCUAUUCUGUCGUUCUCAAAUUCUUAAAGAAUCGUCCGUCGUUGGAUGCGGUGGUUAGCUAUGGGCCUCGUCCUUUUCGUUUCCAAAAUAUGUGGACAUCGCAUGGUGAUUUCAAGAGAUGUGUUGAAGAAGUUUGGAAGUUGCCUACUACUUCGGUGGGUUUGUUUCGCCUGGCAGAAAAACUGAAGAAAACAAAAAUUGCAUUACGCGCUUGGAAUAUACAGGUAUUUGGGCAUGUUGGUCAGAAUAUUAAAGAAUUAGAAGAAAGAUUGGAGGUCCUCGAGAGUCGCUUACAAGAUGGUUAUGAUCAGGAUGUCGAAUGUGAUUUCUUGGUCACAAAACUUGAGCUGGAAACUUGGGAAAGACGUGAAGAAAUCAGGUUUUCACAAUUGGCAAAGAAGAAAUGGAUUUCCGAAGGAGAUAAUAAUACUAAAUUUUUCCAUGCUGUUGUCAACCAAAGAAGAAAGUCUAAAAUUAUCUCUAAUAUGCAGCUUGAGAAUGGAGAUUUUUUGAAUUCCCCUGAACAGGUGGAUCUUGCUCCUCUAAUUCAGUGCUCAGUUACUGAGGAGAAUAAUUUGGCACUCAUCAUGGCCCCUUCUGAGACUGAGAUUUUGGAUGCGUUAAAAUCCAUCCCUAAGGAUAGCUCUCCUGGACCGGAUGGUUUUGGCUCGGGAUUCUAUCGAAGCUGUUGGGAUUUGAUCAACGAGGAUGUCGUUGCGGCAGCCAAGGAUUUUACCAAGAUUUUAUACAGCAUCUUAUCUGGUGUUGAUUCCGAAGGUGGAGGACCCCAAGAAUUUUGA